UGAACAACCGCCCUUGAGCCCCCAACGGGCCGUUGCCGUUCCCCCGGCGCCAAGCUCCGGGUUGAUAACGGCAUCAGCAUCAACAUCGUCAUCAUCCACAUGCUCGUCACUAUCGCCAACGAUAGCGCCAUCCGGCUGUCAGGCUGCGACUCCAGAUACGGAGCUGGAUACAUGUACGCUCAUAGUCUCUGAGCCCAUGCCGUCGGCGGCCCCAGAGCCAGAGCUCGAGCCCAGAUCGUGCGAUGCUCUCCAUCUCCAUGCCUCGUGGGACGGCUCGGCUGUGGACCUGGACCUGUACGAGUAUGGCUUCGUCUCCACCAUGCCCAAGCGUAAUGGCGACAUGGACAUGGACAUGGCCGGUUACGACUGGCUGGAGCAGUCAGGGUUUGCUUUGGACGACGGGAGCACGUUUGAAAUGGGCCGAUUCGACCUGGCGCCAUGGUCCCAUUUACCACCCCCGACAGCCGAGGCGAGACGGGUCCCUGACGAUAUGGCCGCGAUCAACAGCACCUCGGCCAGUAAUAUCAGCAGAAUCAACAACGCUGCCACUGCAACGACCGGCCAGCGACUCACAGCCCUGGUAUCCGAGAUCCAGCAGCAGCUACGGAGAUUGGAGGAGGGUCCGUGGCACACGGACAGCACCCACAGCCUGCACGACUACCCAGUUGGCACCAUUCUCGAGCUUUCGCAGCAGUUCAGUGCCAUCGCAGGGUCCAUCCUCAGCAGCACCGUCUGCACCAGUGGUGGGCUGGAGGCAGCCGGCAGCGACGAGGACAAUGACAGCAGCGAGAGGAUGGCUGGCUGCGCCACGGCAGACACGCCGACGAUGCUGCUCAUCAUGUGCGGCUACAUUUGGCUGGUACGAAUCUACGGCAUCGUGAUGGGCCACUUUCAGAAGCACCUGGACCGAAUGCCUACCGGCGAUCCCCGCCAUCUGAGGACAACCACGGGUGUUAUCAGCCCCAUCGCCGGUGGUGUAAGUGUAAGCACCAAGCUUCGGCUAGGGGAACUCCCCUGCACAGACGUGGCCCUGAGUCUGCAGCAGAUUCACACAGCGGUCCGCAUGCUGCUUGACGUGCUACAUGAGAUCGAGGGCCACCUGGGGCGCGGGGCCGUAGCAGCUUGCGACAUGGCCGUGGCGUUGCUGCUUAACUCUGGGAGGCCCCAAAACGGCAGCUCCCGCGGCCUGGGCAUCAAGGCGGCGGCAGUGAAGAAGCUUCUGAGGGAGAAGAUGGGUCUUUGAGAGAAUAUCGACCCACUACCAUAUUGCCCCGAUACUACCUACAUGUAUAGAUGUCAUGUUGUUAUAGAGCCAUACCUAGCGUGGCGAUUAUAAGCGGAGUUUACUAUGUUCCAGAUCUUUGAAUAGAAUCUUG